AUGUCCACCGGUAGAGUCAUUCUCGUCACCGGCGCCAACCGCGGUCUGGGUUACGCCAUCCUUCAGGUUGCGGGCGCCCGCAAUGCUGCGAGCACUUUCAUCAUGACCAGCCGAAAGCUCGAAGCUGGUCAAGAAGCGGCUGCCAAGUUGGUCAAGGAGGGCGUCAAGGCAAAGAUCGAGGUAAUUCCACUGGACGUGACCAACGAUGACCAGAUCCUCGAGACUGUCAAGUAUGUCGAGGAGAAACAUGGCAAACUCGAUGUCCUGGUUAACAACGCCGGGAUCAUUAGCUUCAUCAAAGAUCAAAGCCUUCCCGAGCUGCGCAGAGUCACCAACGAAAUGCUGGAUGUCAACCUUACCUCAGUGGCAGUGAUUUCGACGGCGUUCCAGCCCUUGCUUCACAAGGCAGAGAAUCCUAAGGUGAUCAAUAUUACGUCGGGCCUUGGAAGCAUCGCCAACGCUAUGACCAAAAAGAUGGUCCGCUAUCCGCCAUACGGCGCGAGCAAAGUGGGUAUGAACGGUGUGACGGCCCACAUGCAGUCGGUCGAGAACGAUCGCAUUGCCAGGGAGGAGGCUGAGGGUGCUGCAACCUCCAAGACGGGAAGAAUCCGGUUUUAUUCGGUCGCUCCAGGAUUACUGAACACGGCAUUUACUCACUAUGCCGCUAUGGGCAAGGAUCCCAAGGACGGAGCAGAGGUGGUUGUCCAACUGAUCAUGGAUGACCAGCGGAAGUACCCCGGAGGCACCCAGUGGGAGUUCGAAGAGGGCCAGAUGAGAGAGGUCCCUUGGUAA